AUGGGAAGAAUUGAUACAGACCUCGAACUCACGGGCCUAGCCACUCGGGCUGCUAAGCUCAACCUCGACAGUCCAGAGUCUGUCGAGAAUCCCAACAGCAUUGCUCGCUACCAAAAUUACCCCUUCGCUCGUUUUGACCACGACGAGGAUAAGCCUGAUAUCAUCGACAAGAACAGUGACGAGUAUCGCCUGCGUCUCAGCAAGCUUCUUCGCGCCCUCGACGACUCCUACGAAGAGACUUACACCAAAUACCAAGCCCGCAAGGCUGACUACAUUGCAGAGCUGGAGACAGACGAGCAGCGAAUGUGGAACCGUUACAUUCUCGACCCAGCCUACGAGAAGUCGUGUGUCGACGGUGCCAAAAUCGCUGGUUUUGACCGCAUCCACUUCCACGAUGAAUUCGUCAAGGAGUCACCCGACUACAGUGACCUGCAGGAUCUUCACAGUCAGUUGUACUACAUCGGAAGGCUGCUCCGAAUCGGGAACAUGGAGAAGGCUCGGCUGGAAGGCUCCGACCGCUUUGUUCAUCUUCGUAACGACUGGGCGGGUAUGGCCGGUUAUGAGCUUGACGAUGUCUCUGUUGACAGUCACCUUACCGACGGCUCUCAGACUUGGUCUCAUUCUACUUUUCGCAACGCCAUCUAUGAUUAG